AUGCAAAGAGAAUAUUUAGGAGAGGAAAUUGGUGAAAAAUACGAUACUGGUGAUGAGGAUACGCCGAGCAGUUCGGGUAGUGCAGGAUACGUAAGGAAACCUCCCAGAAGGUCUACUUUAGCGUGUGUUAGAUGCCGUAGAAAACAUGUGAAGUGCCCCGGCGGUGACCCAUGCUCGAAGUGUUCGGCUGCCAGAAUUGCCUGUGAAUAUUUGGAGCCUAAUAAGAAAUUAACAGUUUCAAUGAAGUAUUUGCAACAACUGCAAGAAAAUUUGGCUGACUUAAAAAGGGAGAAUGUUAAAUUACAAUCGAUAGUAAACACGGUGAAUUCCGAUGUAACAGAGUCCAAAAUUAAGGAAAGAGCUACAACUAAUGGAGAUGAGACAGCAAUUGAUGCUAGCUCAUAUAAGGAAGUACCACUUGACGAAGGCCAUGGUGCUUAUGAUAUUGAAAAGGAGACUACAGACGAUGUGGAUCCACCAGUUUCGGGUGAUGAAAUGGAACUCGUUUCGAAUUUUGCUCAACGUAGUGGUAGAUUGGUAGAAUCGCGAACGGGCCAGCGGUAUUUCGUUGGGUCAUCUUCCAUGACACUUUUCGGACUUGAAAUUCAGUCUUUGUUAUCAAAGUAUUUAUCACAUAAAGGUGGGAAUGAAGAUGAAAAUACUUUACCUAAUAAUGAAGAUUAUAAUGAAAAUCCUUUAUUACAGGGGCCACAGUCGAAUUUGGAUCAGAUAGACGUUCUACAAGAAGAAGGUAAUGCUUAUAAAAUUGUUUUGAAUAAAAACGAAGGUAAUGAUGAUAUUUCUGUUAAUUUCACCCUACCAUCAUACUCAUAUGCCAUAUUUUUAGUUGAUACUUUUAUCACUUAUAAUGAUGGUUGCUUUUAUUUCUUCAACGAAGGUAUGGUAAAGCAUGGAUUGAAAAUUGCCUACGAAGGUGGUGCAUUCUACAACGAUCGUACUUUGCAAACUAUUUGGUUUUGUAAAGUGUUAUUGAUCUUUGCCAUUGGUGAAAUGUACUUGGGAACUUCCAAUAACGUAAAUGGGAAUAAGAUCAAGGAUACUGCUAAACUACCAGGAUCGGGUUUCUUCGAAGAAGCCUCUCAGAUUUUUAGUUGUCUUUUUUCCAGUGGUCGUAUUGAAAGUGUCACUAAAGAAGGUGGUAUUGAAGUUAUGCUUCUGUAUGCGUUUUAUUUACAAGUGGCAGACUGUACAGUGGCAUCCUAUUUUUAUUUUGGUCAAGCCUUGAGAGCUUGUCUCAUAUCGGGGAUGCAUGUAGAUGCACAAAGAGAUAAUUUAACCAGAUUCGAAUUGGAACAUCGAAGGAGACUUUGGUGGACUGUUUAUAUGUUUGAAAGAAUGCUAAGUAGUAAAGCUGGUCUCCCUCUUAGCUUUACGGAUAAUACUAUUUCUACAGAGUUACCGGGCGAUUUUGAUAUGAGUAAACCGCCCCCCGGUUGUGAACACUACAUUUUCCCUGAAGCUGAAUACAUUAUCAACUGUGUGAAAAUCGUUCGAAUCAAUGCCCAAAUUUUAAACAAAUUAUACCAGCGUCAACCAAAUACUAAUAUUCUUGCAGCAUUAAAGAGUGUAGUCAAGCAACUUUUACAAUGGAGAAAUAAUCUUCCCAGUUUUUUGCAAGUGGAUUUUACCGAAAAACAUUUGAAGAUCUCACGACUCUGUGCUAAUUUAUUCACAGAAUAUUUUCAAGGUAUGAAUUUGGCCAUCAGACCCCUUCUAUUCCAUUUUGCCUCCGUACAGUUGAAAAAAUUUAGAGGUAGUAACACUUACAUCAACUUACAAAAUUACUCAAGUACAAUUUCUGCGCUUCUCAAUUGUUCCUUACAGGCAUCAGUCAAUACCAUUAGGUCACUUUGGGCGCUUAUGGACCAAAACAUGGUUGCGCUAUUCGGGUAUAUGGACAGAGAAUAUUUGUUUACCGCCUCUUGUACCCUUGUGUUGUUUAAUGCAGCUUUUGGGAUUCAUGAACAAACUUAUGAGCAUUUGGAUCAUGCUUUAAAUAUUUUCACUAAGAUGAGAAACCUGGGUAAUAAUCCUGCUGGUCUAAGAAGGAGUCAGCUACUAACAUUGAUGGCUAACUUUGACUUCCAUGGAAUAAUGAAGGAUAUGAUUUGUGCUCAUAAUGACUCGUUGAAACCAGAUACACAGUACGACGCCCAUAAUUUUAGAAAUGUUAAUAUCGUUUCUCAAACUAUGACAGAUUCUGCAUCGUUGUCAGAUAUCAUCAAUGCAACUUUGGCCAAAUCAUCACAAAUAAAUUUGACCAAGAAAGAAACCCAAAUUAUAGAAAAAAAUAGCAAUCAAUUUGAUCCCCUGAACACAGCCGAUGAUGGUGAACUGCAAGUUCUGCUUGAUAAGAUGACGAAAGUAAGUCAAACGGAUAAUAAACUUUGGAAAGAAAUUUCAGAUCAAGCUAUGUGGUUAGGUAGUGCUAUGGACCCAGCUAUUGCCCCAGGGAAUGAAAUGGAUUUUGGACAAGGAAAAGGUUCAAAUUUUUAA